AUGGGUCGCCGUCCGGCUAGAUGUUACAGAUACAUCAAGAACAAGCCGUACCCCAAGUCUCGCUUCUGUAGAGGAGUUCCUGAUGCUAAGAUCAGAAUCUUCGAUCUCGGAAAGAAGAGAGCUGGAGUUGAUGAGUUCCCAUUCUGUGUGCACAUGAUGUCCAUCGAAAGAGAACAUUUGUCCUCUGAAGCCUUAGAAGCUGCCCGUAUCUGUUCUAACAAGUACAUGGUUAAGAACUGCGGAAAAGACUCUUUCCAUCUUCGUGUCAGAAAGCAUCCAUUCCACGUUAUCAGAAUCAACAAAAUGCUUUCAUGUGCUGGUGCUGAUCGUCUCCAAACUGGUAUGCGUGGAGCUUUCGGUAAACCACAAGGUCUUGUCGCUCGUGUUGAUAUCGGUGAUAUCCUCUUCUCCAUGAGAGUUAAGGAAGCCAAUAUCCCACAUGCUAUUGAGUCCUUCCGUCGUGCCAAGUUCAAAUUCCCAGGACGUCAGCUUAUUGUCACCUCCCGCAAAUGGGGAUUCACCCGUUACGACCGUGACGUUUACGAGAAAAUGAAGUCUGAGGGAAGACUCCGUCAUGACGGAGUCAACGUCCAGCUUAUCAGAGAGCACGGUCCUCUUUCCAAGUGGAUUCAAAACCCCAUCUAA